AGAUAGAUAGAUAGAUACUUUAAUGCAGUCAGUUCCACACUGACUCACGAUCAAUCAUGAAAUUCUUUGGCCGCAUGCUUGGCUCGCGCAGACGCGUUGGCGGUCACGAGCGCACUGCUAUAUAAACAAGAAGCAACGGCAGCUCGUCAGAAGUAGGAGCUGUUAACGUUUUCAUCGCAUGCGAAUACUGAGACUAUAUUAUUAAACUGUCAUUAGUUUUUUUUCGUAAUUAUGGCUAUGGAUCUUUGCAACGACGUUUUCAGCUCCUUCGUGUUUUAUGCCACGUUACUCGUUAUAAAGAUGUACGCGAUUGCUAUUCUCACCGGGCAGCUCCGUCUAAGGAAAAAGGUAUUUGCUAAUCCUGAAGAUGCCCUGCGCCAUGGGGGUUUAAAAUUUUGCCGCCGGGACCCUGACGUGGAGCGAUGCAGAAGGCUGCACCGUAAUGACAUGGAGUGCGUCUAUCCUUUCCUGUUCAUCGGCGUAUUGUACUGCAUGCUGGACCCCAGUCCAUCAAUCGCUAAACUCCAUUUUCGGAUUUUUUUCCUGGCUAGGCUUGUGCACACCGUGGCCUACCUGUUUGCUUUGAAAGCUCCAACUCGAUCCCUGGCUUACACAGUAGGACAGAUUCCGUGCUUUUCAAUGGCCAUCAAGAUUAUUCUGAAUGUUGCUUCUUCCUGGUAAAAAUCUGAGAAACAGAACUCAUUACAUGGAAUAUGACACUGGAAUGCACUGCUGGAGCACCUUUACUCUCUGAAUGAGGUGCGCCGGGGGGGCAUUCAUGAUUCGAGCGCCUCGAGCGCUUAAGUUGCACUUCAUGAACUAAUGGCCUCUGCUGGACCCACAAUGGAGUAAAGCGCUGGAUAAAGAAAUUGACAUCCUACACUGCACUGCUUAUCGGCAUUAAGAGUCCCACUGGUCAUAAAGAUGAGAGAGAAAGUGAAAUCUGAACGUUUAUUUAAGCAAGUUGAAGGGAACGUUAAAAAAAAUAGCAAAACAGAGACCACAGAGCAGCAACUGGACUUUGAAAGAGCUUUCAAAAGAGCUGUGGAUGCAACAGAUGGUUCAUGUCAGCUGCACUGCUGUAUUACAUUUUAUAAUAAUGUCAACCAAGCACAAUUUUUUAAAUCUGGGCUGUUUUUUUAAUGCUAUAUAUGUUACAUUUCAGUAUUUACAAUCAAUAUGUAUAAUUUGCAUCUUUACGUCUGUGUGGUUACAUCUUCGUGUUUCAUAUGUCAGAAGUAAAGUACUGCUGAAGAACGACUCUGAAUGGAUUUUUGUAAAGACAGCUAAGAAGAACAAAUGAAACAAAGCAGUGGUACUGACAUCCAAGGAUACCUGCGGAUUAUCAAAAGCUUAAAAUACAAGAUGUGAUUUCUUGUUGCCUUUUUAGAGAAUACAUUUUGUAAACCCUCUACUACAGUAACUGCGGGUUAGAUGAUACCUGGGAGAUUCUGAAAGGCUUACCAUUAACAAGAUGGAUGAAGUCAAGACUACCAAAGGAGUUGGUACAGCACAAGAAAGAGGCUUCGACAAUUUCAAACCUAAUCAGAUGAUGUUUUAUUUGAUUUUUAACAGACAUUGCUUGUGCUAUCUGGCUUGUGUUUUUGUGUAUAUUUCAGGAAAUAUUUGUGCAUUUGUCAUUUUUAUAACAGUUUGGAAACUUAUGAUGUACUUGUAUGGACUAAUAGGUGAAAAUUAUGGCACCAGAAAGAUGAACAUUUCUACUGUGUAAAAACAAAAUGACUUGUGUAAUAUUCUGUUCAUUUAUUCUUAAAUUAAUGUUGGGACCACAGUUUGUACAAGCCAGCAUCUUCAACUGAAAAGUAGAACUUUAAAAAUGCAGAAGUAAAUAUGAAUUUAUUGAUCACUGGGGCAGGGAUGCCAUCUUCAUUUCAUUUCUCUUCCUGAGACUUGAGUUCAUUUUGACUUGAAUGAAACUAAUAUGGGGGGCUUAUAGAAAUGUAUAUAUUUUUUUUCUUUCAUGUAAUAUUUGAGCUGUGUUUUUAUACAAAUUUUACACUGAAUUCACCCUUCGACAUGGAGGGCCUGACAAUGAAUAUUUUGUGUUGUAGUUUGUCUCGUUUGUUUUUAAGUUGGAUGUAUAUAUUUUACUU